CUCUCUCUCUCUCUCUCUCUCUCUCUCUCUCUGCAUAUCAUCUUCAUUAUCUAUAUCUUCCACACAACUUGAAGAUACCCAAAAAUGAAUCAAAACUGGUUGUCCACCCUUAUCCUGUCUUCAAACCUCUGCAUAUUCACUUUCAUCCUUCUUUUGGAGAAAACUUUGUCUGUACACCCAAAAUAUGAAGCCUGUGUGCCCAAAGACUGCGGUGAUGUACAAAACAUAAGCUACCCCUUUUUCAUCAAAGGCCUCCAAGAACCAUUUUGUGGGUUCCCUAGAUUUGAGCUCACUUGCAGCAACUAUAGCGGCUAUCCACAUCCAGUGCUUAAGACACCAGACAAUGACUAUAUAGUUCAAGAUAUUUGCUACAACAACAACUCUCUUCGUGUGUCCAACGCAGCUGUUUUUGGGUCAGAUUCAGAUAUGAGUGCAGGCUGUCUUCCACAGAUAGGGAAUGUGACUCUUGAAAGUGAUGGCUUUGUGUUUGAUAAUAGUUCAAGCCUAUUUUUGUUUUCAAAUUGUACACCGCCAUUGCCGAUGGAACUCUCGAGGUACGAGAUUCGUUGUGAGGCUGAGAAUGGAGGUGAUUGGGAUCUGGCAAUGUUUGGGGACGACAGAAACUUGAGUUUGGCGGUGGAAAAGUGUGGCGCGGGGGUGGUGGCGCCGGUGGAGCUGUACGGAGGAGAUGAGAGGAAUGGAGUUGGGAACUAUGUGGAGUUGCUGAGAAGAGGGUUCUUGGUGAAUUGGAAAGCGGCAGAUUGUAGUGUGUGCAAGGAAAGUGGUGGGCGUUGUGGGUUUGAUCUGGAUAUCUACAAUUUCAGGUGUUACUGCCCUGAUCGGCCUCAUGCUUGGCGUUGCACUCCAAGUAAGUUUUCUCUCUCUUCCUAUCUCUACUUAUGCUGUUUAUCUCUCUCUCUCUCACCAGAAUGACUUAAUAUGCUAACCUAAAAAAUGCUGGUAUGUGACAAUUAGUAUGUACCCUAGGCUGUACUUUGUUAUCUAUGGGUUUUGGACUGUAGUCUUAUUGAUGAAUUGAGGAUCAACCCACAAAUGCUAACUGCAAUUUCUCUCUGGCUU